CUCAAGUGACAUACUCAUACUUCAUAUUAACUAUCACCAAAAUAAUAUUAUUCUUUAUUAUGGUGACUUUCAGUUAUUUUUUAGUUGUUUUAUCCGUCUGUAUUUGUACGUUUGCCAAUGCUUUUUUAGAUACACUCGAGAAGGAUGACUUGGUAUUUUUUAAAGGAGACCAAAAUAAUUCGACCGGCUAUUGGAUGUUUGUAACUGAAGAUGGCCAAAAUCCGGAUCCUAAUCAAAAUGUGGAUUAUAUUCUAAAAAAAAAAGAUAAAAUUCAAUACAAUGAUCUUUUGGAUCGGUUGGACAUCAUUGAAGACGACCUUGGUAAAAAAAAAUAUCUCAGUGCUCUUGAUUAUACACUGAGCAUUUCAGAUGUAUACAGAGCUACUAAAUAUUUCAUAAACCGGACUAUUUCAGAAUCCGAUUAAUUUCAUUUUAUCGACAAUUACAUAAUAU